AUGAUCCAAGAGGAAUAUGACAAAUCUAAUGGAUCUCCAUUUUGGAUCCAAGCUCCCGAGAAUCGCUAUUUGGUAGUGUCAUCAUGGGAUCAUAUCAAAGAGAUCGAUGCAGCUCCGGAAGAUGUUCUGUCCCUUCAGGCCGCAGCCAAAGAGAUCUUGCAGCCACGAUACACAAUGCAAAACUUCAAUUGGUUUGAUAAGAAGGGUGUAGAUGGAACGCCACUCGUGAGGACACUUAGAACGCUACUCACGAACCACCUCCCUGAUAUCUUACCUGAUGCUCGGCGGUCUAUGUCUGCACUCUUCGAUGGUAUCCUUGAGUCACACUCGAUGGUAAACGGAUCGUACACAACUCCGCUAUUCCCCAUGGUGAUUGAGGCUAUCGCACUCACAAAUGCAGCUGCUUUCUUCGGAAAGGGCCUAGCUUGUAACAAAGUGUUCAUGAGCGCCGCCAUGAAUUUCAUCGAGCAGACGCUUAUAACAGCAGAAGUCGUACGAGUGCUUCCCAGCGCCAUCGCACCCUUCAUUGGAAACCUUCUAGCAAAAAAGCUAGGCGCUGGUAAACUUAUUUACGAUGCAUUAAUACCUAUUGCGGAGGAACGGCUGGAAGAGAAAGCGCGAAAAAGUCUUGGACAACCCGUUCCUGAGCAUCAUGACUGCGUCCAAUGGGUUAUGGAAUGUUCGCCUCGAUCAAAACCCUGGUCUGCAGACCGAAUAGUUCAUGAGUUAAUGGCGCUAUGGUUUGGGUCAGUUCAUAUAACAUCAACGACUGUUUGCUUCGCACUUCAUCAUCUUUGUAUUCACUCCGAGUAUAUUGAGCCCUUGCGAAACGAAAUUGAAAGCAUCGGGUGGGCAAAUUUCGAAAAAUCGGGAGGUAAAGCUUUUCCACUGCUUGACAGCUUCAUGAAGGAAUCUGCCCGAGUGAAUCCGGUAGAGUCGGUGAGCUCUCGUCGCAUGGCUCUGAAACCAUUCGAGCUAUCUGACGGCUCCAGAAUCGAGCCUGGCGAAUGGAUCUGUACAGCUCCUCGAGGCAUGAUGGCAGAUGCACGCUAUUAUGCGGAUCCGCAAAAGUUCCAAGGCUUUCGCUUUGUUGAUCCGGAUUUGCUCGACAAGAAGCUUUCUGGAAUCUCUGGCGAUGGCGUUCCACAAGAAACGCCAUCCAAAUUUACCGACAUUACCGACUGGCAGCUUUGGGGUACAGGGCGUUCGGCGUGCCCUGGUCGGUUUUACGCGACCGCUGUCAUGAAGACUCUCCUUGCAUUGUUCAUUACCAAGUACGACAUGCAGCUCGAAGAUCCCAAGGCUGCCCGAUACUUUGCAUGGCGCACCUUUAUUUAUCCCUUUGCAAGCACUAAGGUUGUACUCCGCCCUCGUUCUGCUGUGUAA